UUUAUCUGUGAAGGAACAGUUACCAGGCGAAAUGGCACUAAUGGACAUAGUGCUAGAGAAGGUAAACGGGGUGACAUUUCAAUGAAGCUGUGUGAACCCGUGGUCAAAACGGGCAAGCACAAAUACCAGCUUACUGAGAAGGGCUCUACCAGUCUUUCCGAACACACAAGAGUUUACCUGUCCGUUGGCCGCAUGUUCCUGCUGACGAAUGUACAGUACAUGUGCGAAGAUCUAAAGGCAAAACAAGAGAAGUGCGACAAGGCGAUAGAACUACUAGAAAAAAAGAAGGCCUUCCUACAGAAGUCCCUCAAGGAUCAAGAAGACGGACGUGAACUAGUGAAGCAGCGUAAGGGGGCCGACCUGGUUGCGAAAUAAACUCUAACUCAGCAUUUAUACCUCAA